GUACUGAAAUUUCUCGAGAAGGUGACAGUAAAGGGAAAGUGUCCUCUGGCGGGAAAUAGCGUUCACUUUGAUAGAAGGUUUAUUUCCAAAUAUAUGCCUCGCCUUGACGAGCAUCUUCACUACCGUAUUGUCGACGUUUCCACGGUCAAGGAGCUGGCUUCCAGAUGGUUUCCUGAUGAGUACGCUAUAGCAAUAUCGAAGAGGGGCACUCAUAGAGCCUUGGACGAUAUCCGAGAGAGCAUUGAAGAACUGCGCUACUACCGUUCAGCAAUCUUUCGUCAAACUUCCGAUGCAAACAGAUUUUAG